UAAGAAUACCUAUACAAGUUCGUAAAAUAUGAAUAAUAAAUCAUAUUCAUUAUUAACCAAAGAGAUGAUCAAUAAUUCUGAACAUGACGGAACUUUACCAGAAAAUUGUUUUUGCYCUGUAUGUAAUGUACAUAUGAAUAGAAUGAAAAGAUCUCGACCACUUGAUACCCACCAAGAACAUAACGCAUUGUCAUCAGACGGGAUAAAAGAUCGGUGGUGUCCUAUUGAUCGAUUAUCAACUAUUCGUACCAACUCACAUCAAACAAUAGAUCACAACUCAGAAAGGCUACUAAAAUUAAAUCCCUAUCCUAUUUUGGAUUCUGAUCCUACAUUGGACAGUUUAAACUAUUCAAAUGCAUUAUCCAGAUCUCCUAAUUCAUUAGGAAACAAAAAGAAAGAUUAUACUACACAGUCUUUGUAUGAAAUCGAACAUAAUGAUAGACGUAAUGAUGUUUUUCAAUAUCAUAAUAAUUCAAGACAGUGGGAAGAAAAUGAAAACUGCGUAGAUCAAGAAGAGUAUCAUAAUGUUGAUCAAUUUAAUUAUACAUCAAUUAAAAAGUAUGAUGCGCAUAUAAGACAACCCCCUGUUCAUCGCCAGCGUAAAAUAUUACCAACGGUUCCUCCUAAACCUCUUAUUUCUACAAAUUGUAUUCAAAAAAUAGGAUGCUCAUCUUUAACCAUAAAUGGUCAUUUGAAUAAUACAAGUUCAAAGAAUAAAGAUCUCGUGGACAUUCCAAAUCAGAAAACACUUGUCAACCAUGUACGAAUAGCUACAUUUAUGCCUGUAGAAUCAAAAGAAAUAUUUAAAUCAAAGAACCAUAUUAAAGAUUCAUCUAAGGCUAAAGAWUCAUUGAUGGUUACUAAAGAAGACAAACUAAUUUAUGAACAAACAAGUCUAAAAUCAGAAUUAAUACUUAAUAGUGAUAUUUAUGACACAGAAAAAUCAAUAUUUUCUGAUAAAAGUAUUAAAACAUUAACACUUAACACUAGACGGCGAACUGAUAAUAUAAAUAAUACAUCUGUGUUUUCUGUUAAUUCGUGUAAUACACACUUGGACUUAACAUCUGAAAAUGCUCGAAAAACAUUAGAAUCUCCAUUAGUGCAAACCCUUAACAARAGUAUUGGACAAGAUUCUAUGACUGAUGAACCAAAUAAAUUAGCUUUUGACCAUUUGUUUUCAGGUACUCAAUUACAAAAGGAUAAUUUUGAAUAUCAUUCAGCAUUACGCCCGAGUUUAUUUUCUAAUAUGCCACCUUACAUAAGAUUUUCUUCCCAUGAUAUUAAAGGUGAAUCAUUUCCACUAUCUUUGCAAAAGUUAUUAAAGUGGAAACUAAGUUCUAUAACUCCAAUUGUUGUACGUCGAACUAUUCAAAAUAGUGGUUUUAAACUUGUUAGAAAAUCUAAUGAUUGGGUUGGAACAUGGGGUAAACAUAUGAAAUCAUUGUGUUUCAAAACACUUCGGGAACAACAAAAACUUAAUCAUUUUCCGGGUACUUUUCAAAUUGGCCGCAAAGAUAGGUUGUGGAAAAACUUGCAUCGAUUAAUGUUGAAAUAUGGUAAGGAAAAUUUUGGCUUUAUACCUACAUCAUAUAUACUACCUCAAGAAGCUAGAAUUUUACGACAAGUUUGGGAAAAAAAUGAUGAAGAUAAAUGGAUUGUUAAACCGCCAGCAUCUGCUAGAGGAACUGGCAUUCGUGUUAUUUCUAAAUGGAGUCAAAUACCAAAGAAAGUACCUUUAGUUGUUCAAAGGUACAUAGAUAAUCCAUAUCUAAUUAAUGACACCAAAUUUGAUUUAAGACUGUAUAUACUCAUCACUUCAAUAAAUCCACUUCGCCUAUAUCUUUAUGACAAUGGCCUUGUGCGAUUUGCUUCUGUUAAGUAUUCAUCUGAUCUUACCACUCUAUGUGAUCGAUAUAUGCAUUUAACAAACUAUAGCAUUAAUAGACUUAGUAGCCAGUAUACUCAAAAUGAAGAUGCUGAUGCGUGUCAAGGUCAUAAAUGGACAUUAAAAUCACUAUGGACAUAUAUGGAAAAAGAACGCAAGGUCGAUGUUAAAAAAUUGUGGGAGAGCUUAGAAGAUCUGGUCGUUAAGACUGUCAUCAGUGGUGAAUCACCAAUGAGUCAAAUGUGCCGUUCAAAUCUGAGCAAUAGAUAUAAUGCUUAUGAAUUAUUUGGAAUAGAUGUUUUGUUUGAUGAAUAUCUUAAACCUUGGAUAUUGGAAGUCAAUAUAUCCCCUUCAUUGCAUUCUUCGUCUCCACUUGACUUGGCUGUUAAGGGACCAUUGGUCAAAGAUCUAAUGAAUAUGGUUGGCUAUCAUAUCCCAAACAAAAUGUCUCAAAGUACACAUAAUACCUUACUCAAGAUGUUAGGAGUCAAAUCACCACUAUGCUAUGAUAAAAGAUUAUAUACAUUUAAUUUAUCUGCUAAAGAAAAAGAAAAACAAGAAUAUUAUACAAAUGCUGAAUCCAGAGUAGAAUAUAUUGAUAGCAUAUUAGAUGAUCUAUUACCAGACGAUAUUCGGCAUCUUAUCAUUUAUGAAGAUGAACUCACACAAAUUGGCUCGUUUCAAAAAGUAUUUCCAACCACUUUAUCUUUUAAAUAUCAUCAAUACUUUGAAGGUUCUAGAUAUUAUAAUAUGCUUUUUGAUGCAUGGGAAUGUAAAUACAGUAACAACAGAGAUGAAGUUUUAUUUUGUUUUCAUUUUUCAAUGUCUGCUGCUGAACGUCGUCAUAUGGUGUAUACAUCUAUAACAAUGUCUGACGAAGGAGAUUGGAUUAGUGACGAUUUUCCAUUUGAUGAUGAUUCUACAUCAGCCACUAGUCAUCCAAUGGUUUCCUGA